CCGACACAGAACAACUGAGAGCUCCAGCAGGACGUUGGAGGACAAACGGCUGCAGCAUCGACCGAUCGAUCAAUGAGUCCCGAUUGAUUGGCCCCCUAGGGGGAGGGGCGGGAGGACAUAAAUGCAGAGAGGAGAACCAGGGGAACCAGGAGAGCCUUCAUCACUCUCUGAGCUACACUACAACAACUACCUGGAGAAGAACCAUGGAGGCUGAAGGAACCAGAACCCGGCUGGACUUCCAGGAGGACGUCAAACUGUCUGAGAUGAUGCGUUUGCGGGUUUCAUCUCUGCAGCGUUCUGGUCAGAAGCGUCAGGAUGGAGAACGUCUGCUGCUGCCCCACGAGGCCAUCUACCGCCUGGACUUCCCAUCUCAGGAGCUCAGCUUCGGCCGCUGGUUCUUCUCGCUGUCAGGUCACGGCCGGGUCACCGUCACCGGGAUCUCCCAGCACUGGACCCCGGACCUGACGCCACUGAUGACCCGCCAGCUGCUGGAGCCCAUUGGGACGUUCUGGAGGAACGUCGGCGACCCGGACGACUCGCCGCUCAAGUGUCUGGAGGCCGACAUGCAGGAGUUCGGAGAACGGAUCGCAGAGCUUGCCAAGGUCCGGAAGGUAAUGUACUUCCUGUUGGCCUUCAAGGACGGAGCCGAGGCCAAGAACCUGAGCUGCUCCAUCGAGUUCACACCUGAGAAAUGACUCGAGAGUCCGACCCGGUUCUGUCUUUAAACCCAAAAGUAGAGUAGAGAACUUCCUUUAAAGUUAUCAGAGAAAAUCCUCAACACAAAAACAGCUUCAGAACCUGAACUUCAGUUUAAAGCCAGAAACACUCCUUAAAGACCAGAUAGUCAAAACAAAACCACCUGCUUCUGGAUCUACAGGAACAGUACUUAGGGAGGCAAAGUUCUACCUACAUCAUGUCAGUAGAUGUGUUGUUCCUCCUAGAUGUCAUGGUUCUAUCUGCUGGACUCAUGAAGUUCUGAACAAGUCCAUUAAAAAGUGAUAAAUCUGGGCCCACCUCUAUUGACUUCAAGGACCUGGAAUGUUCUAAGUGAGACCAAACUUAAAGACUGGAAGCAGGAAAGGAGAACGUCCCCUGGAGAAAGUUCUAGAGCAGACCUACCAACAACUGGAGAGAGUUCUACAGUAGACCUACCGACAGCUGGAGAAAGUUCUAGAGUAGACCUACUGACACCUGUCCAGUUGUUGGUAGGCCUGUUCUAGAACUUUCUCCAGGGGACAUUCUCCUCUAUGGACUUGAAGGACCUGGAACUUUGGAGAUGUUCCCAGUCUGAAGUUAGAACCUCAUAGAAGGUAGAAAGUAGAACUCUGAUUAUUAAUAAAGUUACUGCAGAUGAAGAACCAAACGUUCUGAGGAGGAAGUAUUUUUCACAAAAUAAACCUGUAAAUUUGGACUGAACAAUGAGAGAACAAAUCUAAAAGUGUUUAUUUCAGAUUGAAUUAAUUAUCAGAGCAGCAAAGGCUGAAUUCAUGAAAACAUGAUGAUGUGAAAAUAAAAUAUGAAUAAAAGUGUUUUGUGAUUAUAAUUGAAGCCAUCAAUGACAAUAAAGAUGUGAAACUGUGA